AUUUGUUUAUAAUUUUAUUUUUUUACAAGUGUUUUGUUGUCAUUGAUUUUGACGUCUAUUUGUUGUGUUUAAAUGACAAUUGGUUUCACAUUUUAAUUACAAUUUAAUCAAAGGAUUGGAGAUUUGGAUUGAGAGGCGAAAUGUCUGUAUUGACCGAAAACGUGGUCUUAAGCCGAACCCGAUCUCAAGACUUGCGAUCAGUGAAGCGAUUAAACUGUUGGGGAAGCGAAUUGAAAGAUGUGGCGAUUGUGCGACGGCUGCCCAACGUUGAGGUGCUGUCGCUGUCCAUCAAUCACAUCACAUCCCUCUGCGACUUCGCCGCCUGCAGACAACUA